AUGGCUGAAACAUCAUCUUCCUCGGAGGACUACAAUCGACAUCAUAUUCCCAUCGAAAUUAUCAGCGACGAUGAAAUGGCUUUCAUUGAAGCAGCUUUAACUUUGGCUUCCACUCGUUCUUUCUCCGCAGUUCGUUCUUCUUCUUCUUCUUCGUUUUCAAAAUCACCCCUUCAAAAUAAUGCGUUAUCCAUCACCGUUGUUUCCAAAAGAAGGUUAUCCAGUGGCAGUGAUAUUGAGGACUUACCCACCUGCAAGAAAAAACACACUCUUUCCGAUUCCUUUCUUCGCCGCUUCAGGAACAAACGGGGUUUGUCCGUCACGGAUCUUACUUCUACGGAAUGGUGCCCGAAACAAAUGGAGUUUUCUCUCCUUCUUGGAGGGCGAAAGGUUAAUCAAGCAAUGAAAGCAGGCAUUGCUCGCCAUGCAAAGCUUGAAGAAGAGGUUUUAAAACGGGUGGAAGUGAAGGUCAAAUAUCAGGAAGAUUACUGGGCCCUGAAGUUUCUUAAUUUUAUAAAUGGUGUAAAUCAAUUAUUAUUUGAAGGAUUGACUCGUGAAAUGCCACUAAUCGGCUUUGCAGAAGAUAUAUGGAUAGUGGGAGUGAUAGAUGAGAUUCGGAUGCCUUUAACAGGAAAUGACCAUAAUCCAAUUCUAAUUGACACUAAGACUCGUGCUCGAGAUACGCUUCCUGCUGAACCGCAACGAAGAAAUGGAAGGCUUCAAUUGAUGUGCUACAAAUAUUUGUGGGACAAUUUGGUUGCUGAUAACUUUCCUUCUAAAAUUUUUUACACUUAUUUUGGCUUAAACUCGCAACAUAAUCUAUGUGAAGAUCUAAAAGUGACAAGUGCUGACUCUGGAUUUUCUGCUACGACCCUGGAUGAUGUGGUAAGGUAUUACAGAAAUACAUGUAGGAUGCUGGCCCCUGCUCAUGAUCAGCUCUUGUUGAGAUAUGAGUAUCAGAAAGAUCAUUCACUGCUUGGUGAAGAUAAAUUUGCAUAUGAUCAUGACUGGCUAAAGAAUCAAAUUCGUUUGUGUCUUGAGUUUUGGCUUGGAGAACAAGAAGCCACUUACACUCCUGAAGAGGAACGUUGGAAAUGUCGGUACUGUCAAUUUGGCGCCGUCUGUCCGGCAUACAAUGAUAGUGAAGGAACGAAGGCACCUAAAAAGCCAUGA